CCCAAAAAUCGCACGACCAACGCUGAAGGGCCCACGAUCUCUACAAGCCUGGUCGUGUGCAAAACCGUGCGGUGGAGAAUCUAUCGCGUCGAACGUGUGGAAAAGGAAAAAAAUCAGCUCCCCAGCAGCGCUUCGUAGGACAGGCAGGAGCUGCGAGUAACAAGAAGUUACAAAAGCGAAAACUCACGAUGAGUCUGGCUGUAGCAACUAUACAACAGAUUCUAUUUUCUGUUUUUCAUGGAUCAGCCUGCCCGCUUAUUACGCAUACCGACUUGUACCGCCACUGUAACUACACUCCGUCCAGGCCGUUCACCAAAGAGGACUGCACGGAAUCGAGCUUCCAACGGUGAUGACUUCUCCAUGUACCUGUAAACUGCAGAUCGUGUUCUUGCAAGACUGAUACGAUUGUCUGCACCAUGUACAAUUUCAUGCUGGGCAAGCGAAGCACCACCAGCACUUGCCGGAACGAGACCAAAAUCGAUGUGCGAAACAAGUUGUAAAGUGCCUCGACUAGCGUUGUUUGAUAGACUUAGCUUUUCUCGAGUGAUGCCAUGCGGAUGUGACAGAUGCCAUUCCGGGGGAACAGUACGGAGCGCCGCCAACUCUUACGGUGUUAUCCAGGCGUGUGUGUUUGCUGAAAACAGUGGGUGCAUCCGGUAGCUUUUGCAAAAAAAAAACAAAAAAAAGGAAAAGAAAACAACACAAAACCACCUAGCUAUCACUAUUUACUGUCGCGAACUAAAACGGUGUUUAAUAGACAAAACCAAAAGUGAUUACCAAAGGUGUACUUUUUAUCAAAUACGCGUGUAAAGUGGAACGAUUACAAUAAUGGCUGCCGUUGCCGGUCUGUACGGACUCGGCGAUGACUCGCGCCAUCAACGCCAGCGCAGGCAGCAAGCUCAACAGGCAAAUCAGGAAAAAAAUGACAAAACACCCGAUGGGCUCAGCGAACCGUCUCUACCCAAGUUGAGCAGUCAGGAUGAAGAAGGGGGGGCGGCGCACGGAUUUGGGGGAGGUCAUACUCAUUUUGAACCCAUACCACACGAUCAUGAUUUCUGCGAGAGAGUUGUAAUUAACGUCAGUGGUUUGAGGUUCGAAACACAGCUGCGGACGCUAAAUCAAUUUCCCGAUACUCUGCUAGGCGACCCAGAUCGAAGGCUAAGAUAUUUCGAUCCCUUGCGGAAUGAGUAUUUUUUUGAUCGAAAUCGACCGAGCUUUGAUGCCAUUUUGUACUAUUAUCAAAGCGGUAGCGGUCGGUUACGGAGACCAGUCAACGUACCUUUAGAUGUAUUUAGCGAAGAAAUUAAGUUUUAUGAAUUAGGCGAACAAGCAACUAAUAAAUUUAGAGAGGAUGAAGGUUUUAUCAAAGAGGAGGAGAAACCUUUGCCAUCAAAUGAAAAUCAAAGAAAGGUUUGGUUAUUAUUUGAAUACCCCGAGAGUUCGCAAGCGGCCAGAGUUGUAGCCAUAAUUAGCGUAUUUGUUAUACUUUUAUCAAUUGUUAUAUUUUGUCUAGAAACAUUACCCGAAUUUAAGCAUUAUAAGGUGUUCAAUACAACUACAAAUGGCACAAAAAUCGAGGAGGACGAAGUGCCCGACAUAACAGAUCCAUUCUUCCUCAUUGAGACGAUAUGUAUAAUAUGGUUUACGUUUGAACUUAGUGUCAGGUUCCUAGCUUGUCCAAACAAAUUAAAUUUCUUCAGGGAUGUUAUGAACAUUAUCGACAUAAUCGCUAUCAUUCCUUAUUUCAUAACUUUAGCAACUGUAGUUGCCGAAGAAGAGGAUACAUUAAACCUUCCUAAGGCGCCAGUCAGUCCUCAGGACAAGUCAACCAAUCAGGCUAUGUCCUUAGCAAUAUUGCGGGUGAUACGAUUAGUGCGAGUGUUUCGAAUAUUUAAAUUAUCAAGGCAUUCGAAAGGAUUACAAAUUCUGGGCAGAACAUUAAAAGCAUCCAUGCGAGAGUUAGGUUUACUGAUUUUUUUCUUGUUCAUAGGCGUUGUACUCUUCUCAUCAGCGGUAUAUUUUGCGGAAGCAGGCAGCGAAAAUUCAUUCUUCAAGUCCAUACCAGAUGCAUUUUGGUGGGCUGUAGUUACCAUGACUACUGUCGGAUAUGGUGACAUGACACCGGUCGGUGUUUGGGGCAAGAUCGUCGGAUCACUGUGCGCGAUUGCCGGUGUGUUAACCAUCGCACUACCCGUUCCUGUUAUCGUGAGCAACUUCAACUAUUUCUAUCACCGUGAGACCGAUCAGGAGGAAAUGCAGAGUCAGAACUUCAACCACGUAACCAGCUGUCCUUAUCUUCCUGGCACCUUAGGCCAACAUCUUAAGAAAACUUCCCUCUCCGAAUCUUCAUCCGACAUGAUGGACCUGGAGGAUGGGGUUGAGGCAACAUCUGGCCUACUAGGUGAACAAAAUCGUAUGGUUCCAUUUUUAGGAGCUCAUCUUACCGAUAAACACCAAUUGCAGCAGCAGCAACAAAACUGCUGUAAACAACCAUCUAACGGUGGCGGUGGUUUAGGUGGUAUUGGCGGUGGUGGUGGUGGAGUUAUCGGUGAUAUUGGCAGUGGUCUCGGCGGCGUCGGAGGUGGUGGUGGUGGCGGCGGCGGCGGCGGCGGCGUUGUUGGUGGUGCAGUGAGUGGCGUCGCCAUCGGUUGUGGUGUCAGUGCCGAGGGUGUCGGUGUCGGCAGCAUCGUUGGAGCAAAUAAUUUACAACAACGCCAUAAUAGCGCUUUAGCUGUUAGUAUCGAAACCGAUGUCUGACUACUGGUGAAACGGACACUUCGGGCAAUCUUUUGGCCGGCGGAACUUAUACGCUGGCUACCAGUUUCCCCAAGAGCAGUGUGAGCGGAAACCCCUCAGCACGUCAUGAAAUCGUUCACAAACUCAUCGCAACUGUCACCAGUGUCAAUGCCGAAUCGCACAUCGCAGCGCAGCCGCCUAGUUAGCCCAGCUCUUCUUCUUCUUUCUUUAUUUCUGCGGAAAAAAAAACCGACCUGUAUUCAACAACGAUCUGAAUCGACCGAUCUCUACGACAAAACCAAAACAAAAAAGAAAGAAAAAAAACCCUCCACACAAAACAUACCGGAUGAAGCAAAUGCACAGCGCGACGGGUGCAAAAAGGGAGAAAUGUUAAAAGACAGGACGUUAUAGGCAUUAGGAUAGAACUAGAAUACGAGCAAUCCGCUCUGGACAGCGAUAAAAUGAUCAACAAUGUUUUUUCUCCGAAGUUUUUUCGUUCGACUGCCAGUUAUGUACACAUUGAAUCGAACUAUCGAAAGCGUAACCUACGUGAUACCACAUAUGAUAGCCAUUAAGUUAGUAGUCUAGUAUCCUGGUGCAGUUGGACUCUGAGUCAAGCGGAACGUUAAAACCAUAGGUCGAUAUUCUCUAAGACAGCAAAAAAAACAGUUAUAGCUCAUACGCAAAGUUUUUUUCGUUCAGUUCGAUAUUUUUCUAUCGACGACAAGUGUUGCGCCUCAGUGGAAAAUUUGAUUAGGAUUGGUUUUCACCGAUGCAACAAAAAGGGUUUUCUUUUUUCGGAAGCUGACAAGCGUUAUCAGCCGAUGAAAUCACACAAGUCGAUGUGGCGGCAUCAAAUGAGUACAUACAAUUCUCAUUCCUUCGUACUGUUUGCGUUCAAAUCCGGGAUACAGAAUCAAUUGACAGUAUUGCCGAAUUCAAGCCGUUCACUAACGCCUGUACUCAUCGAGCCACACGUUGCAUCCUUCACCCUCAAAGGUACCUUCAAGUUCGAAACAGCUGCUGGUAGCAUAUACUUUUCGAUGCAAACACAAUUGUUACGGAGCAAAGCGAAACUAUCCUACAAGGGCAAUGUUUUCCCUUCUGCUUUAAUGAUAUUUUAGCGUACGAUUGAGUAUGUUUAUGCGUUUGUGAAUCUGUGUUCACGAAAACACAUUAAACAAUCUUACCAGAGCAUGGAAAAAGUGCUACGCAAUAGAUGAAAAAAAAAGGUAAAUAAACAACUUCCACUAACGGCAAAAGUUCUUCUUAUCGAUACUUACUGUCUAUACCAACGAGGACAGGCAAAGAAUGGCUUUUUUAAUGCUGAUAGUUUGUUAAACACUUUUCCUACUGGUACAAACAGAACGAUAUCGAUGUUGAUUUUGUAUUUUGCUAUUUCUUUAAAUUUUAUCCACGAAAACAAAACAGCAACUAAAAAUCAAUGUAAAAGCCAAAACGGAGUGGAAAGAAGGCCGAUUCGAUGCCACUACAGUAGAAAAUACCAAUGUUAAACAGCAAACCAAAGGUAACGAAACCAAAAAGAUAUAUAUUACAUAAAUGAAAUCCUGAAAUCCUCUCACAAUCAUACAAAAAAAAAAAAAACAUACCGCAUACCAUAGUAAUAUACAAUUUCCCCAAAAUAAUUAAGCUUUCACUUUGAGACAGCAGCCAUACAAGGAAGUUUAAUAUAGAGAAAAGAAAAAAAAACUCAUAACUAUUAAGUAGCAGACGGAUAGAGAGACAAAGAAGAUAAAGUUCUUAAAACCUUUUUUUACUAACCUUACGGAAUCAACUUAAAUCUAUUAAAAUAAAUAGAUUGCCAAUCUGCAGCGACCGCAAAUGGGCUCCAUUGGUUAUCAAAAAACCCUUCGCAAGUGAAAAGAGAACCAUUACGGCACCUACUUCAACUGAUGACUUUGAAGUCAUUGGUAACUCCUCUAGCACACUUUCAUGUUCAAGCUGUCCCGUUCCGCUAUUUAGGUACAUUAUGGUAAAAAAAAAUCGCCAAAAAAGAGUGUUUCGAACGCGAAAAGAGAAAAAAGAGAGAUAGAGAAAGAGAAGAAAAAAUAUCCCAAAACCAAUACAUUUUUUCGAGUAAAAUGAUAAGGAUUAAGUGCUACCUGAUGUUAUAAAGCCGUAGUCACAAACAUAACAUAACACACAGAAUACAUAAACACAGAAACACUCGCAAAUCAACAUCAAAAUUAAUCCUACCACUUUGUGUGAAUUCCGAAGAGAUUACCUAUGCUGAAAGAAAAAGCUUAAAAAUUAUGAAGAGAGUAUAAAGAAAUAAUAAAUUUGUCCUGCUAGUCUUUACGAUAGAAAAAAACAUUUUAUAAACGUUUCGCGAAUUCAUGAUCGGAUUCGAGCGAGUUCGUGAUACGCAACCUGAUGCUGAAGGUGCGUGAGUCAGCUAUUGUAAAUUUUAGAGUAUACGCUGAAUCGAGAGAUAUACACAAAUAAAUCAUGCUGAAGUUAAUUUGAACGAAAAAAAUAGUAAAACAAAACGACCUAAAAUGAAACCAAAAAAAAAAACAAAACAUAAAACAACUCGUUUUACUCUUGCUGUAAAACAAACCAAAUCAGCUUAAUUGCGAGGAACCGAAAAACCGAC